CUCGUUCUUCGUAAAGUGAAAGUGUUUCUCCCUCCGAAUCGACUCCAUUUUGUGAAGCGUUUGUAGAAGUUAAAACAUGUUUAUCAGCAGCAGAAACGGUGAUAUUAAUGUGACAGAACGAGGCCUGUUGACUAAAGGAGUGUGAUCCAUUCCAUCAGAAGAGAUCAGACUCUUCAGGACUCAGCUGUGUGUUUGUGUGUAAACUUUACUAAUAUUUAAAGAUGGAGACUCCUGAUCUGGACACAGAUAAUGUUUCUACACCAUCAAACAACUGUAAACUCAAGAGAAAGAGAUCAGAAUCACCAACACACAGCUGUAUCUCCAUGAAGAGUCAUCAGUCUAUGGAUCAUCCUCUGAGGUUUAAAGAUGGAGACUCAUCACUUCUACACAGUAAACUCCAGGGAAAGAGAUCAGAAUCACCAACACACAGUUGUAGCUCCAUGAAGAAUCAUGAGUCUAUGGAUCAUCAUCUGGAGGUUAAAGCUGUAGACUCCUCACUUCUACACAGGUACGACCCAGAAUCUGCUGGUGGAAAUGAAUUCCAGAAAAAGUUCAAAUUAAAUCUGAUGAAGAAGUUUCAGUGUUUGAAUGGAGUGAUAAUAAACCUGGGAACCCAAACACUCCUGAAUGAGAUCUACACAGAGCUCUACAUCACAGAGGGAGACAGUGGAGAAGUCAAUAAUGAACAUGAGGUGAGACAGAUCGAGGCUGCAUCCAGGAGAAGAACAACAGAGGAAACACCAAUCAAAUGCAAUGACAUCUUUAAGCCUUUAUCUGAACAAGACAAACCCAUCAGAACUGUGCUGACAAAUACAUCAUCUAAACAAGUCAAACCCAUCAGAACUGUGCUGACAAAUACAUCAUCUAAACAAGACAAACCCAUCAGAACUGUGCUGACAAAUACAUCAUCUAAACAAGACAAACCCAUCAGAACUGUGCUGACAAAGGGAGUCGCUGGUAUCGGAAAAACCGUCUCUGUGCAGAAGUUCAUUCUGGACUGGGCUGAAGGGAAAGUAAAUCAGGACGUCCACCUCAUAUUUCCACUUCCUUUCAGAGAGCUGAACUUGAUGAAGGACCAGAAACUGAGUCUGAUGGAGCUCCUUCAUGUCUUUUUUAAGGAAACAAAAGAAACAGAAAUGUCCAGUUUGGAAAAGGUUCUGUUCAUUUUUGACGGAUUGGACGAGUGUCGUGUUCCUCUAGAUUUCCAGAACACAGUGAGAGUGUGUGAUGUAACUGAAUCAGCAUCAGUGUCUGUGCUGCUGAUAAACCUGAUCAAAGGAAAUCUGCUUCCCUCUGCUCUCAUCUGGAUCACCUCCAGACCUGCAGCAGCUGAUCAAAUCCCCUCUGAGUGUGUGGAUCGAGUCACAGAGGUACGAGGGUUCAAUGACCCACAGAAGGAGGAGUACUUCAGGAAGAGGAUCAGUGAUCAGAGCCUGGCCAAUAACAUCAUCACACACCUGAAGUCAUUAAGAAGCCUCUACAUCAUGUGUCACAUCCCAGUCUUCUGCUGGAUCUCAGCCACUGUUCUAGAGAGAAUGUUGGGUGAAGCAGAGAGUGGAGAGAUCCCCAAGACUCUGACUCAAAUGUACACACACUUCCUCAUCAUUCAGACAAACUUCAUAAGAGAAAAAUACUCAAAGAAGCAGGAGAGUGAUGAAGAAAUGCUUUUUAAACUGGGACAACUGGCUUUUCAGCAGCUGAUGAAAGGGAACCUGAUCUUCUAUGAUGAAGACCUGAGAGAGUGUGGUAUUGAUGUGACAGAAGCAGCAGUGUACUCAGGUGUGUGUACUCAGAUCUUCAGAGAGGAGUUUGGGCUUCACCACAGUAAAGUGUACUGCUUUGUUCAUCUGAGCAUUCAGGAGCAUCUCGCAGCUCUGUAUGUUCACCUGACCUUCAUGAAGGAGAAGAGAAAUGUUCUUAAACAGAAUCAACACUCUAACAGGUGGAUGAAAGCAAAUACAAUCUCAGAUGUACACAAGAGUGCUGUAGAUCAGACUUUAGAAAGUGAGACUGGACAUCUGGAUCUUUUCCUUCGCUUUAUUCUGGGUCUCUCACUGGAGUCCAAUCAGAAACUCUUACAUGCUUUAGUAACACAGACAGGAAGAAGCUCCCAGAGCAUAAAGAAAACAGUUCAGUACAGUUAAGGAGAAGAUCAGUAAAGAUGAAGAUCUUCCUCCAGAGAAAUCCAUCAAUCUGUUCCACUGUCUGAAUGAACUGGGUGAUGAUUCUCUAGUGGAGGAAAUCCAACACUUCCUGAAAUCUGGAAAACAAAGUCGACUUUCUUCUUCACAGCUUUCUGCU